UGUAAGACAUAACUUCUCUUAACCAAUGACCAUAAACUGGAGGAUGUUAUAAAGCAUUUGCUUUGUUUUUAAAUGAAAUGAAUAUUUUUUUAAAAUAAAGAAAAUCUCCAACUAUUUAGGCAAAAGUUCAAAUAUUUCACAAAAAAAAAACGUGUUUGUUGAACAAGUGAAACCAAAGAGUCUUGAAUGAGUUGGAAGAAAACUUGCUCGGAAUGUUCUGAAUAAAUACACAAACGGCUUGCCAUAGACGGGCUACUUCCCAGCCGACGCACCGACACUCCAUCACAACCUGUGGAGAGCGCGCGCGCGGUGCCUCCCUCUCCCCCCUCCUCUCUCUCUCCGACACGGAGCCCGGAUCUCGGACUCUCCUCCAUGACCCGGGAGAGGGUGCCAGCUCGAUUCCCGGCAGGAGGAGGAGGAGAGCAGCGGGAAAGUUGAAGCGUCGCGCGCCACCUCCUCCUCCUUCCUCCUCCUCCGCUUCAUGAAUGGCCGGACCGUCAUGGAGGAGACGCCGUUCGACAGAGUCAAGACGAGGCGGAGGAAGAAGGGUCACCGGCCGGCCGCCGGUGAGGAGGAGCAGCGGUGCAGCGCGGAGCUGGAGGCGCUGUUCCAGAGCUACAACCUGAAGCUGGAGCAGACCUCCACCCUGAAGGCGCUGGCGGUGCUGAUCGUGGCCGCCUCGGCGCUCUCCCUGGUGGAGCUGCUGUCCAGCCCGCGGCUCACCCUGUCCAAGGGCUCCCACCCGGUGCACUGCGUGGUCUUCCUCUCGCUCUUCAUCGUCGCCAACGUCAAGUACCUGCAGGUGACGCAGCUGCAGCAGAUCGCCAGGCUCGCGCUGCUCUUCAGCUUCACCUUCGCGCUGCUCUGCUGCCCGUUCCCGCCGCCGCUGGCGCCCGGCGCGCCGGAGCCCACGCCCGGCGCGGCCCCGGAGCGCGGCGUGUGGCAGCUCAUGCUGGUCACCCUCGUGGCGUACGCGCUGCUUCCGGUCCGCACGCUGCUGGCGGUGCUGUUCGGGGUCGUGCUGGCCGCGGCCCACUUCGUCGUCAUCGCCACGUCCGGCACCGGGAGGAGGCAGAGGCUGUGGAGACCGCUGGUGGCCAACGCCGUGCUCUUCACCAGCGUUAACCUGUCGGGGGUGUUCGUGAGGGUCCUGACCGAGCGGACCCAGAGGAAGGUCUUCCUGCAGGCCCGCAACUGCAUCGAGGAGCGUCUGAGGCUGGAGGACGAGAACGAGAAGCAGGAGCGUCUGCUAAUGAGCCUGCUUCCCAGAAACGUUGCCAUGGAGAUGAAGGAGGACUUCCUGAAGCCUCCCGAGAGGAUCUUUCACAAGAUCUACAUCCAGCGCCACGACAACGUGAGCAUCCUGUUUGCAGACAUCGUGGGUUUCACCAGCUUGGCCUCCCAGUGCACCGCUCAGGAACUGGUCAAGCUGCUCAACGAACUGUUCGGGAAGUUUGACGAACUGGCCACUGAGAAUCACUGCAGGCGGAUCAAGAUCCUGGGGGACUGUUAUUAUUGCGUGUCCGGUCUGACACAGCCCAAAGCGGACCACGCCCACUGCUGCGUGGAGAUGGGACUGGAUAUGAUCGACACAAUCGCGUCGGUGGUGGAGGCCACCGAGGUGGAUCUGAACAUGCGAGUGGGUCUGCACACGGGGCGGGUUCUGUGCGGCGUCCUGGGCCUCAGGAAGUGGCAGUACGACGUCUGGUCAAACGACGUCACGCUGGCGAACGUGAUGGAGGCCGGAGGGCUGCCCGGCAAGGUGCACAUCACGAGGACCACCCUGGAGUGUCUGAACGGAGACUACGAGGUGGAGCCGGGCUUCGGUCACGAGAGGCACGCCUUCCUGCAGAAGCACCACAUCGAGACAUUCUUCAUUGUGCCGUCGCACAGACGCAAAAUCUUUCCUGGCAUCAUCCUGUCUGACAUCAAACCGGCCAAGAGGAUGAAGUUCAAGACGGUUUGCUACCUCCUGGUGCAGCUGAUGCACUGCAGGAAGAUGUUUAAGGCUGAGAUCCCCUUUUCCAACGUCAUGACCUGCGAGGACGACGACAAGCGACGAGCCCUGCGGACCGCCUCGGAGAAGCUGAGAAGCCGGACGUCCUUCUCGGCCACCGCCGUGCAGCACUCGCCGGCCACGCGGGUCAACCGCUACAUCGGGCGUCUCAUCGAAGCCCGGCAGACCGAGUCCGGGACCUCGGACCUCAACUUCCUCACGCUGUUCUACAGGAGCGGGGACCGGGAGCGCCGGUAUCACCAGGUGACCGACGACCACUUCAUCAGCGCCGUGGUUCUGUCGCUGAUCCUGGCUGCUCUGUUCGGUCUGAUUUACCUGCUGAUGAUCCCACAGGGGGUGCUGGUGCUGCUGCUGCUGGUGCUGUGUGUGUGUUUCCACGUGGCCUGUGUGAUGUACCUGCACCUCACCAGCGUCCAGUGCCAACCGGGCUGCCUCACCAUUCGGAUCCGAACGGUUCUGAGUGUUUUCCUGGUUCUGCUCACCUACUCUGUCACUCAGGCCUGUGUGGUGGGUUGUGUCCCGUGGGGACGGGUUUUGACGAACUCCAGCCGUCUUGUGGAGGACAUCCCUCCCAGGUCCGGACCCGCUAACAACGAUGAUAACAACAGCUCCGCCGCAGCAGCAGCGGGGGGGCGGGCCGGUCCCAGCGUAGGGUACGCCCUGUUGUCCUGCAUAGCCGGCACCCUCACCGUGGUCCCUUACCUCCGGGUGUCCUCGCUCCCCAAGAUCCUGCUGCUGCUCCUCCUCUCCGUCACCUACACAGUCGUCAUGGAAACCAGCGGCUACCGUCAGGCUGUGGGGGGAGGCUUCCUGCACACGCGGGGCUACGAUCCGGUCCUGGCCGUGGUCCUGUUUUCUGGAGCUCUGGCUCUUCACUCCAGACAGCUGGACCUGAAGCUGCGGCUCGAUUAUCUCUGGGCCACUCAGCUGAUGGACAAAGAGUGCUACAGGGAUAUAGAGAAAAUCAAGACGAUCGGCAGCACGUACAUGGCCGCAGUGGGGCUGGUUCCUUCAACUGUGUCCAAGAUGAAGAAGUCCAUCAUCUCACAUUUAUGCACGGUGUCGGACUUCGCCAUCGAGAUGUUUGACGUCCUGGAUGCCAUCAACUACCAGUCGUACAAUGACUUCGUCCUGAGAGUAGGGAUCAACGUCGGUCCGGUGGUGGCGGGAGUUAUCGGAGCCAGGAGGCCUCAGUACGACAUCUGGGGAAACACGGUGAACGUAGCCAGCAGGAUGGACAGCACCGGGGUCCAAGGAAAGAUUCAGGUGACAGAGGACGUGCACCGCCUCAUCACCGAACACUACACCUUUGUGUGUCGCGGUCAGGUCAGCGUAAAGGGCAAAGGUCAGAUGCUGACGUACUUCCUGGAGGGGCGGAGACCCGGGAGCCGCCCGCCUCAAAGCCAGCAGCAGCAGCACGCCAAUGCCGAGCGCCGCUCCAGCGCCUUCUCCCACAGCAGCCUGUGCACCCGGCUAAGCCCCGCCCCCACAGUGACCACCUACUCUAACGUCAGAACGCCGAGCGYGGCCAGACCCACCUCCUCCACCAGCACCACCAGGUACCUGCCGUCUGUCCCCGCCGCGGCGGUGUGACGCCGCCGUCCACCAGCGGGGGGCGGACGCCGCUCUUCUUCUGUCUCCUCGCCUCGACUCGGUGCCUGGUCUCCGUGUGGGACCCGAACCCGUCCCCAGGUUUGUCUCGAUCAGGACACAGGAAGCUUUAGCCACGUCGUCGUCGCUGCGCCGAUCACAGGCCAAGGACGUCUCCGGGAGGCGAGGAGUGAAAAAAACGCACACAUGCAAUAGACGACUCACGGUUGUAGCACAAA